AUGAAGGGAGCCGGGAGCCAGACUUUGAGACUUGGGUUAACCUCUUUUAUGCCUAAUAGUUUCGAUUCUUACCAGUCAAGGACCUAUAAUCUGAAAGCUGCCACCAUGUCGUCGUCACAUCUUCCAGCAACUACAGAUUCACUUGUUCUGGCUACUGAAACAAAAACCCCAUCGGAGGCAAUAUCUAUCCUCUAUCGCAUACUUGACAAUCCCUCAUCAUCCUCUGAGGCCCUAAGGAUAAAAGAACAGGCCAUCUCCAACCUCUCUGAUCUUCUGAGACAAGAGAACAGAGCCGAGGAACUAAAAAAUCUACUGAUCCAGCUCCGGCCCUUCUUCUCAUUGAUACCCAAGGCAAAAACUGCAAAAAUUGUCCGUGGAGUUGUUGACGCAGUAGCCAAAAUACCAGAUACAUCAGAUCUCCAGAUUGCCCUCUGCAAGGAAAUAGUGCAAUGGACCCGUACAGAGAAGCGAACUUUCCUUCGCCAACGAAUUGAGGCAAGACUUGCAGCUCUUUUGAUGGAAAACAAGGAAUAUUCUGAAGCAUUAAAUCUUCUUUCAGGGCUGAUAAAGGAAGUGAGAAGAUUAGAUGAUAAGCUGCUACUUGUCGAUAUAGAUUUGUUGGAGAGCAAGCUCCAUUUUUCUUUGAGAAACCUUCCUAAAGCUAAGGCUGCACUUACUGCUGCAAGAACAGCUGCCAAUGCUAUUUAUGUGCCUCCAGCUCAGCAGGGCAUUAUAGAUUUACAAAGUGGAAUUCUUCACGCAGAAGAGAAGGAUUACAAAACUGCUUAUAGCUAUUUUUAUGAAGCGUUUGAAGCUUUCAAUGCCCUCGAAGAUCCCCAGGCCAUAUAUAGCCUCAAGUACAUGUUGCUCUGCAAAAUUAUGGUUAGCCAAGCUGAUGAUGUUGCAGGAAUAAUAUCUUCCCCCAAGGUGGGCUUGCAAUAUCAGGGCCCAGAACUCGAUGCAAUGAAAGCCAUUGCCGAUGCUCACUCAAAACGCUCGUUGAAGCUUUUUGAGACUGCUCUUCGAAAUUUUAGGGCUCAGCUAGAGGAAGAUCCUAUUGUCCACAGGCACCUUUCUUCCCUUUAUGACACGCUGCUCGAGCAGAACCUUUGCAGGUUGAUUGAACCUUUCUCGAGGGUUGAGAUUGCUCAUAUUGCUGAGCUAAUUGAAUUGCCUGCUGACCAUGUCGAGAAAAAAUUGUCACAAAUGAUCUUGGAUAAGAAGUUUGCAGGAACGUUGGACCAGGGUGCUGGAUGCCUUGUCAUUUUUGAUGAUCCCAAAACUGAUGCUAUAUAUCCAGCUACACUUGAAACCAUCUCGAAUAUGGCCAAGGUUGUGGACAGUCUUUAUGUGAGAUCUGCCAAAAUAAUGGCAUGA